AUGGAUUUAAAAGACACUAGAAACACAAAAAAACCAACCAAAUCAAGACAGAGAAAAAUUUCGACAACCGAAAAAUUAAAUUCGAAAUUAACGAAUGAUUUUUCGCAAUCAUUUAGUAGGAAAGACUCUACGCAGUCGCUUUUACCCGUCCGAGCUAACGAUCCUGAGAUACAAAUAUCAUCUUUCUUCAAGUCUGCUAAACAGCAUGAACGUUCAAAUUUUCAAAAAUCCUUUAUUCCAAGAAAACGGAAUCCUUUGCCAACCAAACCAAAGAGUGGAAAGAGAAAAAAAAUUGCCGAUAAUGUAUUAUCAUCACCAUCAGUUCCUUCCGGAAUUUUCGAUGACUUUAGGAUUCUAUUUAUUCAAGAUGGUAUUGACAAUACUCGCCUGAAGUUGAUGAAAACUAAAGUGAAAGAUAAAGGAGGAGACGUUGUCGAUGUCUUUGAUUCCAAUGUCACUCAUGUAAUCACAGCAUUGUCAAAAGAAGGCACACUAAGUACCAUUGGUCUUGACGGUGAAAAUAUCGAGGGAACUUUGAUUCUUCAACCCGAUUGGAUAUCCGCUUCAAUUACGAACAAUAAACUCGCCAAUAUCGAACUCUAUCGGGUAGAAAAUUCUAAUUUACAAACAGUCCAAAAUCUAUCACAAAUGGCAAGCACCAAGAGAACAAGGAAUGACACAAUUGGUGAAGAGAUUGACAAGAAAAAGCAUAAAAGACGAAAUUCGUCUCCAGAAAGAGAUCUACAACCGUCGCCUACUGGCGAUCCGUUGCUUGAUGUCAUACAGGAAGCAAAACGACUCGGUAGUGAGGCUCUUAAUCUGGACGAAGGGGAUAAACAUGGGAAAAAGGAAACGUCUCAAUCUAGUAAAAAUAUUGACGAAUCUUCAAUGUUUAAUCCAAAGAUGCAAAACUCGUUCGAUAGUAUGCAUAGCAACCCAAAUAAAUUUAUAAUUGACAAGCUUCAAGUUUUACUUGAUCAUUAUCAAGUAAGGAAUGACAAAUGGCGUGUUUUAAGCUAUCGCAAAGCCAUAUCUGCGAUAAAGAAUCACAAAAAGCCAAUUACGUCUUACGAGGAAGCCAAAAAGAUCAGUGGCAUAGGAAAUAGUAUAGCAUCAAAGAUCGCAGAGAUAGUAAAGACAGGAAAUUUAAAACGUAUUGAAAGCAUUCCAGAGUCUGAUGACAUCAUCGCAAAAUUUAGUGCCGUACAUGGGGUUGGAUCUUCUGUUGCGUUGAAAUGGUACGCUAAGGGUUAUAGAACAUUUGAUGAUAUUCUGAAAAAUGUAGAAUUAACACCUACACAAAAGGCAGGGAUUGAAUGUUUCGAAGACCUUCAACAGCGAAUCCCACGUGAUGAGGUCAAGGUGAUUUCAAAAGUAGUAGAGGAUGCUGCCCAUGGGAUUGAUCCCAAAUCAGAAUUAUUUACCACUGGAUCUUAUAGAAGGGGGAAUUCUACAUGUGGGGAUAUUGACAUAUUAAUAACACGGAAUGAUAUAGAUGGAAAAACUCAUUUUGGUAUUAUUCCAAAAUUAGUUAAAUGCCUGAAUGAACAAGGAAUUUUGACCCAUGAUUUAUCACAACCAAGAGAUGAUCUUUCUACAAGAUAUAUGGGAAUCUGUAAACUACCUGGAGGAAAAUUUCGUAGAAUAGAUUUUUUCUCGGUACCUUAUAAUGAGUUGGGUGCAGCAUUGAUUUCUUACACUGGAGAUGAUAUUUUUAACCGAAGUAUGAGACUGCUCGCAAAGAAAAAGAACAUGAAACUUAACCAUCAUGGUUUGUACGAAAAUAGAGGUGGUGCCGAAAAAUUGAUCGCUCAAAAAACGGAGAAGGAAAUAUUUGAUGCUUUGGAACGCCAAAUGAACGCAAUUGUUAAGAUUGAUACUACAUUUCCUAGAGAUGAUCUUGAAAGUAUGGAAUGGUUCUUUAUUAUGUGUGUAAAAUUAUUAAAAGGUUUAUUGAUGAUAAAUGAAG